AGUAAAAGGAAAAAAAGAAAAGAAGUUUUGGGGUUGCAAAAGUUGUGCAAUUCACUCUCCUCUCUUACGCGUGUCAGUUCUCUCUGGCUCUGGACAAUGGAUGGUGGACUUCCCAUGCUCAACUGUCUUUUACAGCACACUCUCAGAAGCUUGUGUACUACAGGAACUAGUACUACUUCUAGUUCAGAUUCUUCCACCUCUGCUAAGUGGGUAUAUUCUGUUUUCUGGAGGAUCCUGCCAAGAAAUUAUCCUCCACCCAAGUGGGAUCAUGGAGGAAGCAUACUUGAUCGUGCUAAAGGGAACAAAAGGAACUGGAUACUUGUUUGGGAAGAUGGAUUCUGUGAUUUUUACGAAUGCGAACGAGCAGGUAGCGGAUAUGUGAAGGGAAGAUUUGGAGCUGAUAUUUUCUUCAAAAUGUCUCAUGAGGUCUAUAACUUUGGAGAAGGAUUGGUGGGUAAAGUUGCUUCAGACAACAGUCAUAAAUGGGUGUUCAGAGACUGUCCAAAUGAAAAUGAUCCCAGCUUCAUCCAUUCAUGGAAUGUAUCUGUUGAUCCUCAACCAAGAGCAUGGGAGGCUCAAUUUAAUUCAGGCAUUCAGACGAUUGCAAUCAUAGCAGUAAGAGAAGGCAUAAUACAACUUGGCUCGUUUGACAAGGUUGCUGAAGAUCUUAAUUUGGUGAUAAGCAUCCAAAGGAAGUUCAGCUACCUGCAGAGCAUACCAGGCAUCUAUGCUAUACAAAGACCAUAUUUACCAAUUCAGCAGCCCCAUACUUUCAGGACCAAUACAACACCCCAUUUUAUGAUCGAAACUGGAGAAACAGCUUACGGGGUUGAUGAUAAACGCCAGUUAGUUGGAUCAAAGAGACUCUACUGUGAUCGACCUGACGAAUUUCCUGUCAAGUCCAUCAACUUAGGCUUCAACAGUCCCCAUAAUGGCAUGAUUGGACCACCUCCGGCAUUAUGGUCCAUUCCACCUCUUCUGCCCUCAUCAGCUUGCAGUCCUGGAGCUGCUUGUAUUCCAAAGAUGCCUUCCAUCUCACCAUCUUAUAAUGCAAUUGAAGCAACUGAUACUCUGCUGCUGAGCAAACAGAAUUGCACCAUGAAAACUUCAAGCCAGUCUGUUAAGGUCAAUGAAUUUAUUGGUUUAAGUGAGAUGCAAAGUGGUGAUAUAAAGGCUGAAACAACCUGUGCAAUGGAGGCUGCUCAAGAAGGAAAGCCUGGAACUUUAAGCCAUAGUUUAGGAGUGGAAUGUAGGGUAGUGAAACUGGGGUUUGGACCCCAGUCAGAAGAAGAGUGUGCUCUGAACCUUAAUUAAAUAGCUGGAUGUUAGUUCUUACCGUUGUCAUGAUUCUAAUGUUAAGACUGUCAAGAAGAGUAUUGGAUUGGCGCUGGCAGCUUAAUUUUAGAUGUAUAAAAUUGUGUAUAAAUUAAAUGAAUCUCAGCUCUUCUUGCAAACUGCAAUCUUCAACAUUAUGUU